AGGCUUCUUUUCCCGUUAUGCCCCUCGUUUCCGUUGACCCCCCCCCCUGUGUCUUUCUCCCGGAUUGGUUCUGCCGCCGCCGCCGCCGCCGCCGGAGGAGCUGCGAGGCGAGCAGAAAUCAUGGCCGCCUCGAAGCCCGUGGAGGCCACUUCGGGUGGGGGUGGGACAGGCUCAGGGAUACCCCGCUGGCAGUUGGCCCUGGCGCUGGGGGCGCCGCUGCUGAUCGGGGCCGGAGCCCUUUACCUGUGGGGCCGGCGGAGGCGGGCGCCGCGGGACGGAGGUAAAGGUGCGAGCGAGAGGAAGACCCCCGAGGGAAGAGCCAGCCCGGGGCCCUCUGACGGCUCGGGGGCCGGCCACCCCAAUGGCCCCAGUGGUGACGAGAUGAACCCUCUUGAUAGAGCUCAAGCAGCAAAGAACAAAGGCAACAAAUAUUUUAAAGCUGGGAAAUAUGAGCUAGCCAUUCAGUGCUAUACUGAAGCCAUCAGUUUAUGCCCCCCUGAGAAAAAUGCUGACCUUUCUACGUUUUAUCAGAACAGAGCUGCAGCAUAUGAGCAACUGCAAAAAUGGAAGGAGGUGGCACAAGAUUGUACAAAAGCAGUUGAACUAAAUCCCAGAUAUGUAAAAGCUCUCUUCAGGCGUGCAAAGGCACAUGAGAAGUUAGACAAUAAGAAAGAAUGUUUAGAAGAUGUCACUGCUGUCUGCAUUUUAGAAGGCUUUCAAAAUCAGCAAAGUAUGUUGCUAGCUGAUAAAGUUCUUAAACAUCUUGGGAAAGAAAAGGCCAAAGAAAAAUAUAAGAACCGGGAACCUCUGAUGCCUUCACCACAGUUUAUCAAAUCUUACUUCAGCUCUUUCACAGAUGACAUUAUCUCCCAACCUCUUAGGGGAGAAAAAUCUGAUGAAGAUAAAGAUGAAGAAGGAGAAGCUUCUGUAGUAAAAGAAAACUGUGGCUAUUUAAAGGCAAAGAAAUAUAUGGAAGAAGAAAACUAUGACAAAAUUAUUAGUGAGUGUACUAAAGAAAUUGAGGGUAAAGGAAAAUAUAUGGCAGAAGCCUUACUGUUACGAGCUACAUUCUAUCUGCUUAUUGGUAAUGCAAACGCUGCCCAACCCGAUCUGAAUCAGGUUAUUGGUAAAGAAGAUGCCAAUGUAAAGCUUCGUGCUAAUGCCCUUAUCAAGCGAGGCAGUAUGUAUAUGCAACAGCAACAACCUCUGCUCUCUACUCAAGAUUUUAAUAUGGCUGCUGAUAUUGAUCCUCAGAACGCAGAUGUUUACCAUCAUAGAGGACAGCUAAAAAUCCUGCUUGACCAAGUUGAAGAUGCUGUAGAAGAUUUUGAUGAAUGUAUCCGUUUGCGGCCAGAUUCUGCCUUGGCACAAGCACAGAAAUGCUUUGCAUUGUAUCGUCAAGCCUAUACUGGAAAUAAUGCCUUACAAGUACAAGCAGCAAUGAAAGGCUUUGAAGAUGUUAUUAAAAAAUUCCCAAGGUGUGCUGAAGGCUAUGCACUAUAUGCCCAGGCAUUAACAGAUCAGCAACAAUUUGGCAAAGCUGAUGAAAUGUAUGAUAAAUGUAUUGACCUUGAGCCAGAUAAUGCUACCACUUAUGUUCAUAAAGGUUUACUUCAACUUCAGUGGAAGCAGGAUUUAGAUAAAGGUUUGGAACUUAUAAGCAAAGCUAUUGAAAUUGAUAACAAAUGUGACUUUGCAUAUGAAACUAUGGGGACAAUUGAAGUGCAAAGAGGCAAUCUGGAUAAAGCCAUUGAAAUGUUCAACAAAGCGAUUAACCUAGCCAAAUCUGAGAUGGAAAUGGCUCACCUGUACUCACUCUGUGAUGCUGCCUAUGCCCAGACAGAAGUUGCAAAGAAAUAUGGAUUGAAACCCCCAACAUUGUAAAGAAACAAUAGGAGGAAAUGAUCUUUUUAAAAGUAAAGCUGCCCACUUCAACCUAGUCCUAAAGACACUGUUGCGGUGUGUUGAAUAGUGGAAGUUAUUAUUUUUAAUUUGGGUUCCUGGUGUUGUAAUUACCUGUUAAAUAUUUAGGUGUUGUGGGAGUGGCUGUUCAAGAAAGUAAGCAGUUUGUUCCCCCAGCAGCAAAUAAAUGUUAAAGAGAGAUUAAAAAUAGAGUUGCAAGGGGAUCAAAGAUUAUUUUGGCCAUGCAAAUAAAAACCUUUUUGACGCAUGUUUUGAGGGUGGAUAUUGUGAAUGACUGGUUCUGUCUACAAGGAUAUUUUAUCACUGCUUGUUCUAUUGAUUUUAAAAAUUAAUAGUGUUGUGUAAUUUUUUUAAAUGCAAUGAAUCCCUUUAUAGUUUGAGUUUAUUUUUGCAAAAAGAAAACAUUUGCAAAAGUAUUGAAUAGUAGAGAUUUUUAAGGGAAUUGUGGGUGAAGCUUAAUCUUUUCAAUACCAUUAUCAUGUGCAAACUUUUUCUCCCUCCCCUUUACAUUUUCUGCUUCAUUUAAUUGGACAGUGGCAGCUAUAAAGAAAAUGGAAGUUCUCAAUAUACUGUUCUAGUGCAUGGUUUAGAGAACUGCUUCAAAGACCUUUUACAAUUUACUAAGUACCAUUAACUGUGGCCUUAUCCCCCAAAGCAGCUUUUUCUUUACAUUGUCUUAACUUGAAUGUCAUAAGAGCGAGCUUAAUUAUCAAGCAGUUUUUCAGGGGAGCAAAAUUGCCUCUAUACAGACACUGCCUUCAUUGGUCUUGGAUUCUUCGGGUUAGUACGUGUGUCAGAAUUGUUGUAGAAAUAAGUGUACUGACACAUUGGGGUGAAGUUUAAAAGGGUCCAACUGAUUUGGAAACCAUAAAGUACUCUUACAAGAGAGAUUCUUUUCUAUUAUUGGUGCUGCACAAAGCAUCCAUUUGCAGCAUUCUUAAUGUUUUAUAAAUCUGUUUUUAAGCAGUCUUUCUGUUUAUUAGGGAAUGUAGGAAGCUGAAUAUGCUGGGUUGGGUCCAUACUUGGCUCCUGUUAGUGGGAGCCUCUCCUGAAAGGAAUUUUGCUCAGGAGAUGCUGCUGGUGAAGUUCCUCAUCCUCCUCCAGUGCCACUUUCCAUACUGUUCCAAAGACUUAUGAGACCCUCUAGAAGAGUAUGGGAGAUGCUGCAUGGGGAGGGGGUGAUCUGCAACAUUUGCCUCCCCCCACUGGUGUGAUCUCUCCGCUGAAUCAGAAGACUUCCAUGGAUAGAUGUCCAAGGAAGAUGAAGUCUAGAUUCAACCCACUGCUUUCAGUUGCCCUACUAUUCUCAGGAGCUACUGAAGCUAAUCCAUAACUACUACUAGUACUAUUCCAGACUUACAAAAUUCAUUGUAAAAUGUAAGUGCUUAAGAUUGCAUCUGAGUUUAGUUAAUUACUGCUUCCUAAGCCAGACACAGUGAACACAUUUACACUACUUUUUGCUGAAAAUAGCUGUCAUUCCUUUAAUGUUAUGAAGAACAAAAUUGAGGAGAUUCAGUGAUAAAUUUAAUCUUUCAGUUUAUGUUCAGUUUAGUCAGCUACCUUUUUUAAAAAAAAUAAAGGCGAUGAAGCAUUUUUUUUUGAGUUCUCGGGUUUUUUUUGAAGUAUCCUCUCUAGAUCUUGCCCCCAGCUGUAACUGCAUCAUGUUUUUCAAAAGGGUUUUUAUUUGCGUGGCUCUGUGUGCACUGACAUUUUUCUCUCCUGAAACAGCUAAGAAUUAAGCAUGUGCCGUACGAUAGUAGCAUUCCAAAUCAUCAUAGAUUGUUUCCUGUUUUUCAUAUAUUUGAAACUGCACUGAAAAUUACAUUUGUUUGGGGUUUUUUUGUAAAUGGCUUACAGAUGUAAAGUCACCAAAUAAAUACUACAUUCAAAGAUCUCUUAUACAAAUAAGGUUUAGGGUACUGGUUGGAAAUUUGCUUACUUAGAAAAUCAACAUACAAAAAGACAAUCAUGUGACUGCUGAAGCUGCUGCAUGGGAUGGUGGAACUUCAAAUAACCAUGUUUUAUUUUCCCGUUUUCUUUGCUAAAAUUAGGAGGAAAAACUAUUCCUCAACUUGAGAUCAAUUUAUUGAUUGCUGUUACCUUAUUAAAAAUAAAAUGGUGAAAGCACAGUCCAAAAUCCUUAUGGGUGAUAGGAACGGAGCAGUCUGUUUAUGGUUGUACCACUAAAGUACAGAUAUUUAUCUACACUUGUUUCCAUUAAUAGCAUAUUUGGCUCCCAAUGUUUUUUAAAAGUACUUUCUACUAUGAAUGAAGUGAAGCCUUCAAAUAGAAUUAUUACUGCUAACAUACUACUUCCAUCCUUAACUAAUGUAGUUAGGAAACUAACUUGCUGCAAGACAAGAGGCAUGUUUGUUGUAGCUACUGUGAAGGCACCUUUCUUUUUUAUUAUCUUGAUCCCAUGGCAUCCCUGCUGUUUUAGUUCUUAGAUAUGAAUGGAGGGUAGAAAGAGCACAUUUAAUGUAUUCAGAGAUUAGGAGUAUACUUUCCUUACCUAUGUGUUUAAUCAGCAGGGGUUAAGUUACCAGAGGUGGUGGUAAAAGACUAAGGCAGAAACUAGUUACUCAAAAGCUGGUUCACAUCUUUUAAAAUCUAAAGUGAUAGAACUGCUUACAAAGGAACUGCUAAGGUAGCAUUAACAGUAUGCCCAUGCAUUCAUACAAGAUGUAGUAGUUUCUAAUAUGUCUUGAGCAUGCCUGUCUCUGAACAGUAAUUUUGAGAUGCAUUCAGUGAUAUUGACUAGAGAUCCCAUGUAUUUAUCCUGGUGCGCAUGUAAAUAGUUAAUGAAGUGCUUAUCUUCUAUCAAAAUAAGAAUAGAAGUUACUAAUGAUAGAAUAGCAUUUAUUGUGAACUCCCAAAAUUCCACAUCAGAGUGUAUCUGGGUUUUCUUAACCUUAAAAACUUUUUGAAAUUUUGCUAACUCAGGUGCCUCCCAUUAAUCAAUGGGAACAGUAAAGCAUAUUUAAAGAUCUUUAAUACUUUUAGAGCCUGAAUUGAGACAGAUAUAAACUUAAAUGUGUAACGAUACCUAAGCUAUAAAAACAAAGUGACCUAAUAUCUGGCCAUAUUACAGAAAGGGAAAUGCUGGCCAUGAAGAGGAAUGUGUGAAUUUUUGAAAAGGAAUCAUACUGCUACAGAAUUUACCUUCUUUUUAAACAUGGUAACUGAUCCAUCCAACAAGAUGACUUAUCCUAAAGAUAGAGUCAGGGUAGCUUUUUAUUUUUUAGCAGGGGUGGGGGACAUUGGGCCCGUUGGCCUAAUUAGGUUUGCCAGGCCAUUUGAUGUCAGGUGUGGAGCAGGUAAGGGUGGAGAUCAGCCAAAAGGAUGUUUGCAGGUACCAAUGAUCAACGGUGCCUGCAGAGUUCCAGGGCUGCGCAAAGUAGUGCUUUGAGGGUGGCUUCUGAAGAUUGGACAACCAUCUGAUUGUCAUAUCUUCAGAAGCCCUUUACAAAGACUGUGCAAAAUAUAGUGACUAUAGGAUCUAUUCCUCUAACAUACUUUUUCAGACUUUGAAGGAAAACUACCCAUGACCUUGCCUAUUAACAUAAUUAAUGAACACUGAUUUGCUCUUUGGCAAUAGUGCCAAUAUUAGGAUGCUGCUGCAGAGUGGGAGGAAAGGGUAAUUGAUGAAAAUGGUUUCCCUUGCCACUCCUGUUUGCAGUAGCUUCUUCUUUGAAAGGAAGGACAUGUUUUGGUACAAGUUAUAAAAACCACAAUAGAUCUCAAAAUUUAUAUGCAUGACAUUCCAAUACUGCUUAUUACUGUUUGAAUGAGUACAGGAUGGAUUAACACUGUACUCUACAAGAACACUGAAGAAGUUUCCUUAAGCAACACUUCUUAGACAAUAGAAAAACUUCUAGAAAGCAUUAUCAACAGACUGAUGAUGGACCUUGCUGCCUUUCUCAAACUUUUGCUGAAGUGACAACAAAGAACAAUGUGGUUCUCAUAAUUAAAGUUAGUGAUUAAAAUCCAACACCAGCUAAAGAAAUAAUACAGUAUCCAUUGUACAGUUAUCAAGAACCUACAAUUGAAAAGAUGUCAUAUGUGAAACUCUCAGAAGGACAACUUCAUAUUGAAUCAGCCAAGCCAUAUCUAAUACGUAAAACAUCUUUUGGGAUGGAAGGAUUUGCAGAACAUUCUAAAAAAAUUGGGUCAAGUCAGAAAAUACUAUAAAUGAAUCUGUCUCCUGAUUCGAAUAUAAAAUUGUGUAUUUGGAAGUGAACGAUACUACAUUUAUUUAGGUCUAUAUUCUUUUUAAAUGGAAUUUUCUAUUUGCCUAAAGAUUCAGUAAGCAUGUUCAUAAAGAUUAAAAAGGUUUUGUCAUAGGGAAACAAGUUGGAAAAGACAAUUGAUAAUGUUUUAAAAAACAAACAUGUUUUGCUUUUUCCAAGUUCAAAAAAGCAUUUGAUUAUCUGGAAUGAUUAUACAUAUUCCAGGUUUUGUAAAUGUUUGGUUUGGGCUCUAUUAGUACUCAAUGCACUGCUGGACAGAUCACCAAUUAAUUUGAUCAACUAUGGCCAUUAAUAUUGUUCCUCAAUGUAGGCUCCAAAGAAGAAAUGAACAUCUUUUUUUCAAACCACGCUUAAGAAAUAUCUAACUAUGAAACUCCCUAAAAACAUCAAGGGACACUGAAUUAAACUGAAGACUUCCAUUAUUGCCGCAUGUGAACAAACUAUUGCAUACCAAACUAAGAAACAUCAGGGUUGGUUUGAAGAGAAUGAUACUGAGAUUGAACGUAUCAUCGAAAAUAAAAGCCUUAUGGAUAUGGCAGAACGACAUUGACUGUGCUGCUAAGAAGAAAAUCUAUGCCAGUGCAAAGGCUGAGGUCCAGUGGAGAACUAGAGAACUUAAGAACACCUGUUGGAUAAAGAAAGCUCAAGAAAUCCAGCAUUUUGCAGAUGCUCAUGAUAUACAGGGCUUUUUUAAUGCCACAAAGGCCAUCUAUGGACCAACAAAUUGUGGUAUGAAUCCCUUAUGUUCAAUGGAUGGUACCAAAGUUCUUAAGGAUAGAGUCUCUUGCACUGCGUUGGAAAGAGCAUUACCACAACCACCUCAACUCUAUUGUGGCUGGUGAGGUCUUCUCGCAAAUUCUGCAAGAACAAACUAGAGGUGAGCUUGCACUAUCCCCUAAUUUGGAUGAAGUCAGUAAAGCCAUUAAUCAAAUGAAGAAUACCAAAGCUAGUGGACCUAAUGAGAUCCCUGCUGAAGUCUUUAAAAAAGGGGGGCCUAAACUUACACAACUUCAUAAGCUCAUUGAAAAGAUCUGGAUGAGAGAAGAGAUCCUGGGAGACUUUAGGGAUGCCAUAAUUAUCACUCUGCAGAUUGUGGAAACUAUCGAGGCAUCUUUUUGCUGCUGCAGAUAAAAUCCUUGCAAGGAUCCUCACAAGGAUCCUCGCAAAUCGCUUCCUACCUAUCUCAGAUGAUAGCCUCCCUGAGUCCCAAAUGGUUUCAGCCCUUCCAGGGGGACAGUGGACAUGAUUGUCACUGCAUGACAGCUUCAAGAAAAAUGCCGGGAGCAAAACCAACCUUUAUAUAUGGCAUUUAUUGAUCUAAGGCUUUUGAUACUGUGAAUUGAACUGCUCUCUGGACCAUCCUUCUGAAAAUUGGAUGCCCUGAUAAAUGUGAAUAUUUUGCGACUCCUUCAUGACGACAGCAACAAGGUUGGAUAACAAUGGCUUUCACAGCAAUCCAUCCAGUUCUGGACUGGCCAUUUUGUUUGAAUGCCUGAUUACCGUCUUCCAAAGCAGUUACUUUACUCCCAACUUAAGCAUGGAAAACGGAAUAUUGGUGGACAGCAAAAGAGUUUUAAAGAUGUUCUUAAUGAUAAUCUAAAAAAGUAACAUGACCAUCAAGAACUGGGAAGUUUUGGGCCAUCAGUGUCCCAAUUGGAGGUCAGCUAUUAUCAAAGGUGCUAUGGACUUUGAAGACUCAUGAGUACAAGUCAAAAGGGACAAACGAGCUAAGCAGAAGGCAAGGGACAAACGAGCUAAGCAGAAGGCACGUCAAGCAAAUCCUCAUUGUGACUGUUUUCCAUCUAGAAACAGAUGUCCUCACUGGGCGGCUGUGUGGAUCUAGGAUUGGCCUCCACAGUCACUUAAGGACUCACCGUCAAAACGUUAACUUGGAAGACAGUCUUACUCGGUUAUGAGUGAUCACCAAUGAAAUGAAUGAAUGAAUCUCUACAUUUCAGUAAAUGGACCCCUAUUGCAAGAGAUCUUUGCAAAAUUUAAUAAACAGAUUUGUUUAUAAUUUAGCAGGGAAUAAGAUAGAAGAUUGAAACUAUCACUGUAAUAGCACACUACAAGUCUGAUGAUUCAGAAUCAAUUUGCAGUAAUCCAAGUGGAUUAAAUAAGAUGGAUAUUGUUUAAACAAAACAUCAAAACUGUCUUAAAGAUUGGAAGACCAGAGAAAGCUGUUUAAGGACUUAGGGUGCAAUCCUAACCCCAUUUAUCUGGGUAUAUAGAAUCAUAGAAUAGUAGACUUGAAAGGGGCCUAUAAGGCUGCUCAAUGAACUCCGUGCUGAAUGCAGCAUACCUCAUAGGUGGCUGUCCAGCUGCCUCUUGAAUGCCUCCAGUGUCACACCAUCUCCCGAGGUACUUGGCUCCAUUGUUGUACUGUUCUAACAGUUAGCUGAAAUCUGGCUUCCUGUAAUUUCAGCCCAUUAUUCUGCAUCCUGCAUCUGGGAUGAUCGAGAAGAGAUCCUGGCUCUCCUCAGUGUGACAACCUUUCAAAUACUUGAAGAGUGCUUUCAUAUAUCCCCUCAGUCUUCUCAAGGCUAAACAUGCCCAGUUCUUCCAGUUUUUCCUCAUAGGGCUUUGUUUCCAGUCCCCUGAUCAUCCUUGUUGCCAUCCUUUGAACCUGUUCUCUUUUGUCUGCCACCUCAAAGUGCGGUGCCCAGAACUGGACGCAGUAUUCAAGAUGAGGCCUAACCAGUGUCAAAUAGAGGGGAACUAGUAUUUCAUGCAAUUUGAAAACUACACUUUUAUUAAUGCAGCCUAAAAUAGCAUUUGCCUUUUUUGUAGCCACAUCACACUGUUCACCUUGUGACCAACAAUUCCAAGAUCCCUCUCACGUGUAGCAUUUCUGAGCCAAGUAUUUUUCAUCUUAUAACCACAUUUGAUUUUUUUCCCUAAGUGUAUAACUUUGCACUUAUCCCCGUUAAAUUUCAUUCUGUUGUUUUUAGCCCAAUGCUCCAGUAUAUAAAGAUCACUUUGAAUUUUGUUUCUGUCCUCCAGAGUACUAGCGAUCCCUCCUAAUUUUGUAUCAUCUGCAAACGUGGUAAGUAUUUUCUACACCUCAUCCAAGUCAUUAAUAAAAAUGUUGGAAGAGCACUGGGCCUAGAACUGAGCCCUGCUUAGGACUUACUUAUGAGUAGAUGUGGUUAAUUAAUAAUAGGAUUGUGCUGGUAGGUUGUGUGAGAAGCUUAGAAAAGUGUGGGAAAUAAGACUCCUGCAGAAGUUAUGCAGUGUAUAGACAGGUGCGUCUGAUUCUGUCAAAAUGAACAAUUGAGCCAAAAAGAAUGCCUUUCAGAAGCAAAAAAGUAUGGCUGAUACAUAUCAGCAGAAAGAUUUUGCAAUUUUUGGGGGAAAAAACUUUAUGUAAACAUAAUGGCAGUAUAGAAUUGCCUGGUCAUUGUAUGUUCUGAUCCUUCUCAUAUCUAUCUACAUGUGGAAAAGUACAAAGUAUCCUUAAAUUACAUGGAUCUGAGCUAUUUUUACACUAUGUGAAGAUUUGGAAUCUCAGUCUAAGGAUGACUGUUAUCCUAGUCUGAAAGCAUAUGAUUUAACUACCUUACUGUAGCUAAGACACUCCGGCUUGUCAAUGCCUUGAUGGGAGACCACCUGAAAAGCCCAUAAUAAAGUUGUCCAAUAUUAUUGUAUAGCAAUCUUAAUGACUUAAAAGGAUUUACAUGUUACACGAUACAGUAAUUACGCACUGAUUUACCAUCCUAAUAGUAUUUUCAGAUUAGGCUUAUGUUGAUUUGUAUCAUUAAGGAAGUAUAGCUUGCUGAAGAAGAAAGAGUCUAUUGAAAAAAUAUUUCUUUAAAAAUGUUGCAAGGAACUUACAGGAAAGAUUGAUUUAUUAAUGAACUUAAAAUCUUCACCAGUGUCAGAAGUACAGUAGGCCAUAUCCGUAACUACAAAUAGUUGAAAGAUAAUUGGAAAUUAAUUUAGGUUAAUAUAGCUAGCACAACCAUUUGUUCUGAGUCUAUAAACUGUAGAUACAUACAUACAAUUAGACUAUAAUUGUUGGACAUAUAAAUAAGCUGAACUUCUAUAUAUGUCUGGAGUUGUCCUUAGGCCUUUAGGGUAUUUAAUACAGAUUUAUUUUUUAAAAAAGACAGGAUGAUAAUCCAUUGGUGGUGCUUAUCAGUUAUUUAGAGUGUGUACUGACAAAGUUGAUCUUUUAUUAGCAGCAAGAGUGGCAUUGCAGAGAACUGGAAAAUGGUUGUUUAGCUUUCAUUGAAAGAAUGGUUCUUCAAAACCAGGUACUGCCACUGUCUACACUCACCAGACUUGUGCAUAUGAGGGAAGAAAGCCAAUCUAAUGGCCUUGUUGAAAACUAGGACAUGCUGGAAUUAUAAUCACUAGGCUCCUUUCAAUUCUUAUAUUUUGUUGAUAUGAUUUCUGUAAUUUCAUUUAGACAGUAAGAAUAGGAAUGUUAAAGAUAAUGCAAAAAACAAAUAGGUAUUACACCUGCUGUCAUCAAGUAGGUGUUUGGCCCAUCAUCGUAUUGUGUGGCCUAUAUCACAUUGUGGAAAUAUGAACAUCCAGACUUUAAAGGCAUGAUCCAGCCAAAGAUAAGAGCCAUUUAUUUUAAUUGAUUGAUUUUUGACAAUUUUCCACUGAAAUUAAUUGCACUUUGAUAGGCCUUACUUUGGCUGGACCAUACCCUUGUCUCAUAAUCCUGUACCUGUGUACAUUGCUUUAGGUGGGGCUUACUCUGAGGUUAGUGGGUAUAGGAUUACAGCUUUUCUAUAAACUCUUCUAUGAGAAUGUAGUUUUUAUUACAUAGUACCAGGGCUCUUGCAUUUUAUGUAUGCAAAAGCUGACUUGAAAACUAUAAAACUGAUUUUUCUGUUCUCCAGAGGAUAUUAAAUUUUGACUGUAUCACACACUGAGGUGUUUGUUUGUUUUGGUGCUUUUGGCAGGGGUGUGUGUGUGACUGAAUGUGAACAAGCAAACGGGAAUACUGGAAGAGAACUAUCGCCAAGUCCAAUGUAGUUAAAAAACAGCAAUUAACAUGGCUAUUAAAUCUGAGAUUAUGGCCUGGGGUUGUAGUAUACACUGCUUGAACCUGAGACCAUCUGUUUGCAAGGUAUGCACUCUGCCACUCAGCUGCAGUGCCGGCCCCUCCUUCCAGGAAGAUCCCUCCCCCCAUUCACCAUGGAAGACUUCUAGAUAAUUCAGUAAUAGCUGAUAUUCUAAUGAUUGAUGGGGUAUAUUUACUGAAUCAACAUAUACACAGCACAAACUAUGUUAGUGUUCUUACAGUGAAACGCCAGAAAUUAAAGUGUAGCACACAAACUUAAUCCUGUGCUUUGGUAGUUAUACUGGGAGGUCAAGAAGCUUUUUUUGGCCCAAGGGCUGUGUUCCUCAUGGGCAACUUUCUGAGGACCACAUGCCAGUGGUAGGUGGGGUCAGAGGCAAACGUCUUGCCCCUUAUAUACCCAGUCAAUCACUGCUUUGCAGGUGAGGGCCUCUCAGAGAUAUCAUCAAGAGGUUCGUUUCACACAACAGGAAGAAGACCCUUACGGCACCUACCCUGUGGAAUUUCCUCCCGUUAUAAGACGGGCAACUACUGAAGAUCUCUGUCAGCAAAGCUUUUUAGUAGAGACCUUAUCCCAGUCUGCAUCUGUGUUGGAAUUGCUUUUUAAGGUGUUUAAUUUUUUUUUUUUAAAAAGGCUUUUAUGAUGUUUCAAGGUAUUUUUAGUAUUUUGUCCCUUGUUUGCUGCCCUGGGCUCCUUCUGGGAGGAAGGGCAGGAUAGAAAGUAAAUAAAGUGGCUAUGAAGCAACAGUGGUGACUUUUAUCUUUGUACACUAGACAUUCUAGCUAUGCAAAAGAGAGGCUUCUACAACCCCACCUACCCCAGCUAGGCAAGCAAGAGGCAUCAUCACAAUUCAAGACCACAUUUCACUCAAGCAAAAGCAUAUGAGUAGGGGUAAUGACCUAUGGGGAGUUGCAAUGCCUUGACAAAAUACCUGGAAGGCCACCUCCAGUCCCCAGCCCUGAAGUUCCUCAGCCUUACAUUAUACCUGGUUUGUCAGCUAUGGCUGUUGCUGAACAGGGAUAAACUGACCAUUGUAGUUUGUGUAUUGGUAACCUCAAGGCUAGAUUUCUGCAAUGUGCUCCAUGUGGAGUUACGCUUGGGCCUGAUUUGGAAGCUCCAGCUGGUGCAGAAUGCAGCAGCCAGACUGAAGAUAGGGGCACAUGGUUGACAACAUGUAAUACCAUUGUUAAAACAUCUGCACUGGCUGCCCAUCUACCAAGCCAGGUUCAAGUUCCUUAUAUUAAUUUACAAAGCCCUAAACAACUUAGGUCCAGGGUACAUUAGGAGCUACCUGAACCCUUGUAUCCCAGCUUGAUCACUGAGAUCAUCUGUAGGAACAUCACUGAUCAUCCCAUUUUCUACGUUGCCAGGCUUAUGCAGGCACUUAAUAUAUCUUUUUUUGCAAUAGUUCAUUAAUGGUUUCUGAUUUAUCAUGUAUAUAUGUUGUAAACAGCUUUUUAAUGAAUUGAAGUAUAUAAUUAUUUUAAUAAAUAUGGAAAAAAUGUU